AUGCCAACGACCGAUUUAAGGGUAGAGGAUUUUGUACAGGAAUUGAUUGCAAAACAUGAAUCUAAUUCCUAUAAAAAAAUGGUGAUUUACAUAGAUGCAAAUGAAGCUGGGAGCAUGUUUGAAGGACAUCUUCCAAAUGAAAUAAACGUCUAUGCAACUACAUCUUCUGUUGCCAAUGAGUCUAGUAUUGGAUUUUACUGUCCAGACUCACCAAUACCUACCCCACCUGAGUAUGAAGUUUGUUUAGGAGAUUUAUACAGCAUUUCUUGGAUGGAAGAUAGUGACAUAAGUGAUAGGUCUAGCAAAACUCUGCAACAAAAAUACUCUUUUGUCCGUGAAAGAUCAAUCCCUUCUCAUGUCACAAAAUAUGAUUAUGUCUAUUUCCGUUAUUUGAAACUUAAGGUGGAAAGAGCGCCAUAUGGUUUAGAAGAUCAGCACAAUGCCCAAAAAGCUUUAGAGGUUGAAAUUGCUCACAAAAAAAAGACGACCACAAUGUAG